AUGCGUUGUCUAAGUAACUAUCAUAAUAUAUUUCUAUUUUUUCUUUGGUCAAUUGCCGAUGCUCGUUGGCCAUCACCUUUCGACGUACGUAUAGAUCAUCAUAAAGUGGAUACCAAUCAUGAUUUAGUCAUUAAUACAGCACGACCUCGAUUUUCUUGGAAAAUUUCUGUUUUGGAUAAUUUAUUGCAACGAAAUGUUCAACAAAUAGCUUAUCAAUUGCAACUUCAAUCGAUUAAAAUAACUCAACAAGAUAAAAAAUUUGAAUGGGAUAGUGAACGUGUUAUAUCAUCACAAUCAAUUCAUGUACCAUAUACAGGUCAAAAUGAUCUUUUACCAUCAAAAUAUUAUCGUUUUCGUGUACGAGUUUGGAUAACAAACUUAGAAGAACCUAGUGAAUGGACACAUUGGAUUCAAUUUCGAACACCUAUAUUUAAUUUACAUGAAUAUAUAACAAAAAAUGAUAAUCUUCUUUGGAUUGGUUCAACAAAGAUCAAUAUGAAUGAAUUAAGAAAAGAAUUCUUGAUUCCAAAUGCUAGUCCUAUCAAAUCAGCUAUUGCUUAUAUAUCUGGUCUUGGUUACUAUGAGUUUUAUCUUAAUGGUAAUAAAGUAGAUUCAAGUCGAAAAUUGGAUCCCGGUUGGACGACGUAUGAAAAACGUACUCUAAUUGUUUCAUUCGAUUUAUCAGCGAAUAUCACGGCUGGUAUGAAUGCCGUAGGAGUUAAAUUGGGCAAUGGUUGGUACAGUCAAGAACAACAACAUGGUGAAUCUAACUAUGGUCCACCUCGUCUUAUUUUCAUCUUAAUUAUUAACUUUGAAAGUGGUGAAGAAAUGCAAGUUUUUAGUGAUCAAACAUGGACUGGUAGAGAAGGUUCUAUUAAACACGAUAGUGUUUAUAAUGGUGAAAUAUGUGAUAGUCGAAAUGAUCGUUCUAAUUGGUCUCGUGCAGGAUUUAAUGACUCCUUAUCAGCUUGGAUUAUGCCUGAAUCAAUGCCAUCACCAAUUAAUAUUUCACGUAAUGGUUUAAUAGUUCUACAGGAUAUGCCACCAAUUCGUGCUGGAUCUGAUGCAUUACAUUUUGAAGUUAUAACAGAUAGUCAACAACAAAGCUAUUUGACUUCUGAAGAUAUAGGCAAAAUCAAAGGUGCACAAUUAACCGAUGGCGGAACACUAAAACCUAUUGAUAUGUGGGAAUCAGAUUCAGGCAUUUUUUCUUUUUAUCGAAGAAAUUUACCUUUUUCAAUCUUUAAUAUUACAUAG